AUAGAGUCGCUGUGAUCGGGUAAUCGUAAUGACGAGGGACGCGGGGGGCCGGGAGAAUCACUCCAUCUCUGUCCUAUUCGUGGUUUCCACGGUGGCAUCGCUUGAAUAUUGACUAUAAGUAGCUACGCGAAACAGUUUAUAAUGUCUAGCAAAAAGCGUAAAUGCCGAUAGACUGACUCGAUGUGAUGAAAUACAUAUACCUAUAAUCCCAAUAAAAUCUUAAUUAUUCUAAAUCCAAACAAAUGCGAAAAACAUGAAUGAUUUUGAAACUUUUGACAUGAAUAUCGCGAGUUUUUAUUAACUGUCUGCACGAUUGCAGGUAAUGUUUAUCUGCGGUACCCGAUAACAGCGAUGCUGUUUGAAACUAAAUUUAACCUCAGUAAGCGACCAUACACCAACCACUGAAAUUCGAGAUACGUCAUUGUACGAUCAGUCCAUUCGAGAUAGAAAGGCAUCUUUAUGAGUUCUAAACACAAGUAGCGCAAGUGGCAUAUGCAAUAUCUUGAAUGAUAACCGGCAAGCCUGAUUAUUUUUUUAAUAAUCUUCAGGAUUCUGACAUAAAUCUUCAAUGGAUUUUUCACGUUUAGUACGUAAUAAUCAGAAUUAUAAAUCAUUAAAAUUUAUAGUACAUUCAAAAAGGCGGCAAAGCAGUGUGCCACUCAGUAACGAAUUAAAGGUUAAAGAUUGUACUGGGGACCCAAAGAUCAGUAAGAAAACUAUAUCAUUACUGGAAAGAAUAUCGUUGGUUGAUUUUGGUAACGAAGAAGGCGUCAAGAGGCUCGAAGCAGCGAUACGCUUUGCAAAAUUAUUAAAGACAUAUCAUAUAGAUGAAUCUGUAAAACCUAUGUAUAGUGUUCUUGAAAGAGAAAAGUUGCGUUUGAGGGAAGACAAAGUCAAUGAGGGUGAUUGUCGUGAGAAGAUACUGAAGAAUGCUGCUGUGGUUGAUGAAUAUUACUUCGUAGCACCACCAGGGAACAUACCUAAAGAAUAAAGAACAUGGAGCAAAUUUUACAAAAAAUUGGCACAGGCUUUAUUAACUUAACAGAACGAGGA